AUGGUUUCUGGCAAGAAACGACUGUACAUCGCUCUGUACCCAAGCGGAGUGACCGGGAACGAAGAACGGAGGUACCACUGGGGAUUCCUUGUCGGCCCCAAAGUCGAGAGAAAAUCGGGUCAGGUUCCAGGCACGCAGUACCACGUCAAAAACCGACCUCUUCAAGGCUGGGCGUACGAAGCAAUUCCGCAUCUCAACAUACAGACCACCGACAACUUGCUCGCUCGCGUCCUCAUCGCUAAAGUGGAAGAUGAACAGCGGCUGGUUUCAAUUUUCGAAACCACCCCGGUGGUGCAGGACGACCCCGAUUGGCGAUGCCGGACGUGGGUCGCCGAUGCACUGUCGAGGAUUGAACAAGAUGGCCACGGGCGUAGCCGUGGUCGUGCGGUUGGCACGGCAGAAUUGAACUGGAGCUCUAUCGAACCGGUCGCCCGUGCCUAUGUAGCGAACAAGACGACGGCCGGGAGAUAUCUCAGGGCCGUGGAUCUGAGUUUACCAAAGCCGACAUGGGAUAUGCUGCAGCGAAGGGAAAUAGUGCCGUAA